UUGUUAUUAAUGUGCAUUUGUUUUUGAGAUAUCAGUUAUUACAACAAAAACAUGUUCAGUCGUACAUUUUAAAGUUUCGGAUUACUUUUUGCAAAUAAGCUAGUGUGUUUAAUCUAUGUAGAUUAUUCUAAAGCAAUGACUUAUUCUAACGUGAAUACAGUUGCGAUGCUUAUCGUUUUGUUGAUCUUGAUCCUUCACCAGAAUCAGGCACAAGAAUAUGUUGGAGAACAUAAUCACUCGAGCUCAACAUUCAGUGAUAUGACACCUGAAGAGCAAACAAAUGAAUUGAAAAGGUUUAGAUUGGAAGUUUUGGAGCUAAUUGUGCCUGAGCGAAUAAAAAUAAAUGACAUGAAUGAUUAUCGUCAAAUUGUUCUACCGGCUUACUCGAAUACUAAUAUUCAGCUUAGAAAUAUGGCUCUUCAUGCAAAGGAUAUAGGCUUUGCAUUGAUCCAGGUACAUGCCUUCGAGUAUAAUGUUACGCUCAGUUAUACAAACACCAUUGUAACUGGUCGUCACUUAACCGGAACGAACUUAGGGCUAACAUUACGUAAUGAUGGUACUUUAUACGCGAUUAACACUAAUCCCCUUCAAGAUAUAUGGAUUUCAUUGGUGCUGAUGUUGUACAACAAAACGGCUCCUAUUCCCGGAGGAUGCAAUAUGGAGUACCCCGUAGAUAUAUCUCCUGUUAUGAAUCUCACAUUGGAAGAAUCCGUCAUUGAAGUUGAUACACCACCUGCAUCGGUAGCUAGACGAUUCAACACUUCGGAGAACCAGUGCGGAAAAAUAGAACUCAAGUACGAGUCAUACUAUCUGUCGAUGCCAACGUACGAUUUCUCUCAGUAUACAUAUUUCACGUACAUCCGGAAGUUGAUCAGCUAUGCGAGUGCUAAGGCUUCGGGGCGAUUGAACAGUUUGGCUUCAGUCCAUUCGAGAAUCAAGCGUGUCUACGAUCGGCAGGUUGGUCGCGGAAUGGUGUUUGUGACAGUGGCGAUCGAUCCCGUGCAUCACGGCUUUUCGGCUUACGUUCCGAUUCAAACCUACGCCUGUGCACCUUUCAGCGAUAUGGUCGGCUGCUACGAGUUCAACGUUCCCGUUCGUAUCUUGGGAUUUAUUGUAACGUUGCUAAUGGCUGCGGAAAUCGUGCUAGGUUUUUGUCCCCUAGCCGUGAAGGGCUUCAUAUGUGGUGCCAUAAUAGGAUUGUUGGGAACAAUCAAAGUGGCUAGAGACGUGAAUAUUCAAAUCGGCGAAAAAGAGCUGAUAGCGUUGCUUCUAACGGCAUCUAUUUUGUGCGCGUUGGUCUUCGUGGUAAUGGCAAUAUUUUGUCCGAUUGCAGCUGUCAUCAUUUGCAACUUCGUUGUUGGGUUUUUACUUUGCAGUAUAGUUUUCUAUGGCGCUUAUAAUUUUUCAACAAAUUUAUACACUCAUCCGUAUGCUCAUGUAUUUAUGCUUGGGGGCGUAAUAGUUGUGGGAGUUGCACUCAACUCAAUCAAGUGGUUCCUGUACACAAAUGGAAUCCUCUUUGGAACCAUCUGUCUUUUCUACGGCGUCAAUGCAGUAUUCAGCGCCAGAUUGCAUUACUCGCUCCGCAGCAUGAUCCGCGGAAUGUGGCAAGACGAUUAUGCAGCUGUACUGUCCGAUCCUACGAUGGAUACGAACGAAAUAAUGGCAAUCGCAAUUUUUGGCGUUAUCUUUGCGAUCUGUGUUUACGUGCGUGUUCGAUGUCAUCUACAUGAAAAUCGGGUUGCCCGAUUGCCAUGCGUAGAUCGGGGCUCCACGACUAGUCUCGCUUUCCUGGCCGAUGAUGCCCUGGCGUAUGAAAGCGUAUCGGAUUAUCCAACAAUAACACGCUGGACCAGCGGCGAUGAUGAUGUGUUCGAGUCUCCGCGAACCAAUUCGAGAUUUUUUGAACGGCUCCGAAGACGUCCGUGAGAUUGGUGGCUCAAAUUGGCAAUAUUCUCAUCGGUGAAGCGGAAUUAUAUUACUAUCAUAACCAUAAUCAUACUCUGAUAAAGAAAUGUAGGUAUUUACUUUGCUCACAUUUUCAUCACUAGAUUGCUUAUCUUAGAAUUUGCUCAUUCAGAUUUGUACGCAGAAUAAGACUAUGACGAUGGCCUUAUCUUGUCGGCUUCCGUGCGAACAUGUAUCGAACCCGUAUUACUGUGUUCCUGCAUGCUUUGAAACAUUUAUGUAAUAAAAAUGCCAAAAAUAUA